AUGGGUCGUUCGGAGUAUCGUGGAGAUUCUCGUCGAGGGAGAGGCAGUAACAGAGGGAGAGGAAGUGACAGAGGGAGAGGCCAAGGGAGAGGUGGUGAUAGAGGUAGUGGUAAGGGGAAACAAUCACAUGUUGUUACUAGUGGAAAAUGUAACAAGACACAGUCUAGUCCUAGUCCUAGUGGUUGUAACAAGGAGACACAAUCUAGUCAUGGUAGUGGUGGUAGUAGAAUACAAUCUAGUCAUGUUGUUGGUCUCACAGACUUAAAUAUCUUACAGACCAUACCCGACCAUCAAGAUUAUGACUCCUACGGUGAUGACGAUGAGUAUGGUGAGGAAGGUGAUGAUGGUGCGGAUGGUGAGGAAGGCGAUGAUGGUGCAGAUGACGACAUCAUUGGGCGUGGCUCAAAUGUCGCUGACACGCCUCCAACUAAUCCAGCUCAUAGGGAAUUUAUCGAGCGGACUGAUCAAGGGUUUAGUGAUCCUGCUGUGCAUCGUCAGAUCACAUUGAUCAUACGUAUGUUUUAUACUACUCACUGGACCACAUGGAGCGAAGUUGAUAGUGUCACCCACGAGCGUAUGUUUGCUCGUUUCAAGAGCCUUUAUCAAUGGCCAGAAUCAGAGGACGCAAAGAUACACGAGGGCUUCCUAAACAUUCUUAAACAAAAUUUCAGGGAGCUAAUGAGGACUGCUAGAAAACGAGCAGCUAAGGCAGCUAGAUAG